AUGAACGAUCGAAUUGUAAUUCUAUGUUCUUAUGAUGGGAAGAUUAAUUACCUCGAGAAUAAUAUGCCCGUAUAUGAAGGAGGAACGACGAGACCGUUGUUCAUAACAAAAUCGUGUACUUUCGAUGAGUUGGUUAAUGAAUUACACAAACUUACAUUAACUAACUCACGUGAGUAUCACCUCAGUGUGGUUUGCAAUUAUCCUGUUGUGGGGAACAGAACAAGUGGCAUUCAAAUAUCUUCGGACUACGAUAUGGGUCUCAUUCAUGUCUUACACGACGAGAAGCGUUCGGUCGAAUUGUUCAUUGAAAAACAUCAGAGAGAUUUGGGCAAAUCGUUGAACUACGAAGGAAUGUAUUCCCGCAUGUUGGAGGAUCCUGAAGUUGAUUCUGUAGGCUUUUUAUCUCCUCAACAAGAUGAAUGUUGGACACAAUCACAAUACAUGAGCGGUCCUUCGUUCGUGGGCACUUCGAAUGCUUUCGAUACUAACACGGGAAUUCAAGAAGAUAAUGCAAGUGUUGAAUCCGAGAAUGAUGAUGAAGAGGAGGGAUUACAAAUUAAUAGCAUGACCUUGAUAGAUCGUGAUGACGGGGAAAACCAACACAUUGACGGAUGUUAUGUUAAUAAUGAGUAUGUCGGCUUAGAGGAUCCGCCGCCCGAUGAACUUCAAGGAGAUGAAUGGAUUGAUAACUCCGCGAUGGAAAGUGUUCCUAUUGGCACUAAUAGCGGUGUUGAUACACAGGCCGAGGACUUCUCAUUCAUGAAGGGAGAUCUUUACGAGAGUAAGGAGAAAUUGAUCCAUGCUAUUCGCACGUAUUCCAUUGCAAAAAAUGUGAAGUUCAGGCCAACCAAAAAUAAUACUACAAGCUAUAAUGUGGUUUGUUUCUAUCGCAAAGAUGACGAUGUCGAAGAUAAUAGUGGACACCACGACGGCAAUGCGAGGUGUCCGUGGAAGCUUAAUUCACGCUCGGGUUCAAGAGUAGGUGGGCAAUUCAAAAUCACGGCAUACAAUGGACUCCACACUUGUAGCAAUCCUCGAUUAGAGAUGAAUAACAAGAAUGCGUCCUCUUCUUUUAUAUAUCGAUUGAUUUUACCGCAUCUGAGGGAGGAUCUUGAUCUAAGGCCGAAAGAUAUCCGUCUUUUAGUGCAUAAAGCCACCAACUUGGAUGUAUCAUAUCACAAGUGUUGGAAUGCUAGGAGGAAGGCGAUGAUAAAAAUAUUCGGGGAUUGGGAUAAUUCGUAUGAGAUUUUACCUCAUUAUCUUGAAGCAGUCAAAAGAGAAAAUCCGGGGACUGUCUACGAAGUAUCUUUGGACCCCGUUGAUGGCGGAGACCGGCGGUUCACCGGUGUAUUUUGGGCAUUUGGGCCAUGUAUUGAGGGGUUUCGAUAUUGCCGUCCUCUUCUUAGCAUUGAUGGAACUCACUUAUAUGGUAAAUACAAAGGCGUUUUGCUUGUUGCAACCGGAGUUGACGCGGAUGGCGGGUUGUUUCCUUUAGCAUUCGCAGUGGUUGAUGUUGAAAAUACAGAGAAUUGGGCUUGGUUUUUUGCAUGCAUUAGAUAUCAUAUCCCUGUGGGAACGCGGCAGAUUACAUUCAUAUCCGAUAGGAUGAAAGGAAUUCCAAGAGCACUCCAACAACAUUUCCCGUCACCACAUGCACAUCGCUAUUGUUUGCGACAUAUUAGAGACAACUUCAAGAAGAAGUAUGGAAACGCUCAGGUUCAAGACUUACUUUGGCAAGCCGGUUGUGCAACAGAAAAAUAUGUUUAUGAACAAAUACGAGAGAGGAUCAAGUUCACUUCACGAGCCGCACAUGAUUGGAUCGAAACUAGUUUGGGUCCAAACAAUGUUGAUAAGUGGGCUUUAUGUGAGGAUGGCGGUCGACGGUUCUGUAUGAUGACUACGAACGCGUCUGAGAGCUUCAAUGGCGUGCUCAGGGGAGCACGCGGCAUGCCAAUACAGGCACUAGUUGCUAAAACUCCGCAGCUUCAUACACAGCCGGAUACUCAGAAUUAA